AUUUAUCCGGUACUAAAAAAAUUAAAAACAACCGGGUUUUGGGGAAUUUUCCUGUUUGCUUUGAUUACGUAUUUUUAGGUUUAACUUUUAGAAACAUGACUUUGAUUUCAAAAUUAUUCCGUGCAAAUAGAUCAAUAAGCGACCUAAUUCCUGUAAACGUGGGUAUUAACAAAUUUAGAUACGUUCGUUGCUAUUCUACUGAAAAUGAAAAAAGGUUAACACAAAGUCGAGAAAGAGCCGACGUAUCAACAGAUGUACGACCGCUUGGUGAAAAGAUAAAAGAAACAAGCAAAACAGUGUCAUAUACUGGUAUUAUUUUAGUUGGUUUAGGAGUAACCGGCAUUAUAUUUUAUUACGUAUUUCGCGAAUUAUUUUCCAGCAAUAGCCCCAACAGUAUAUAUUCAGUGGCGCUUGAAAAAUGUAAAAACGACCCAAGAGUAGAAGAUGCCCUGGGUUCUCCAAUUAAAGGUUAUGGUGAAGAGACCACAAGGCGGCGACGGACGAGAGUCAGUCAUGCAGUAUAUGAAAAAGAUGGAGUAAAACAUAUGAGAAUGAGGUUCUAUAUCAAGGGAAUCAGAAAUAAAGGUGUUGCUGAAUUGGACAUGAAGCAGAAUGAAUAUGGAAACUAUGAAUGCAGAUAUCUGUUAGUACAAUUAGAUGACUACAGUGGAAAAACUUUUAUCAUUGAAGACAACCGUGGAUUUCUCGAUCAUAAAAAAACUGAAUUUGGUAGCCAAGAACUGCCUACAUUAACUCUAACACAGUAAAUAGCUUUACAAAAUAUAUUCAACCUGUAGAUAAUUGUAUAUUACUUAGAUAAGUGAUAGAUAUGUAAAUAAAAAAUGUUAAAAUAUUGUUUACUAUUUAAUCA